AAUCCCACCGGGGCGCCCUGGGGCAACGAUGAGAGGAUGAAUUGGAGAACUGAUAUUAACUAUAUGGCGAACUGGGACGCACCGGUGCGCUUUGGCGAAUUCGCCAUAUGAUCGGGGGACGCAAGCUCCAUUGUGGGUCUUUCGUGCUCACUUUGGGUUCUUUUGUACAACCCACGGUUUGCGUCCCUCCACCUAAAACUCUCAAAUCUUCAAAACAGUAUUUUUUCGUUCAUAAGUGGCUUUUUUUUUUGCAUUUUCAACGUUAGGCGCUGCCGUUCAGCCACCUUCUCAUACAAGCGAGAUGCGCCUAAUAAAAAGUAUUCCAAGUAUUCACUGUGUAAAAUGCGCACAGUAUCUUUUUUUUUUUUUUGUCCAGUAUGACAGUUUGUGACGGAUUAAUGUUUAUAACGAGACAAGCAAAACAUGCUCUUUUGAGCAAUACAGUGAAACUAUAGGGAAAGGUAUAAUACUUUUGACAAGUUAAACGAUGUACAUUUAAUUCCUAGUUCUCAUACGUCAAGCUUUACGUGUAAAGCAAUUCUGACUAGUGUAUACUAAGAUGUUUCUAUUUGGCUCGUCAGUUUCGGCAGUGUCUUAACUGGAAAGCAGGCAACGCUGUCGUUCACGCAUGUCACAAUGGCCGCGCACUGUUUGGUUGUUGACAACGGCGGUGGGUCUAUAAAAGCCGGUUUCACGACACAAAAUGUUCCCAGGGUGCUACCAAACUGCAUCACUAAAGCCAAGAGUGAGCGUCGGCGCCAGUUCAUUGCCGAUCAGUUGGAUGACUGCAAGGACAUGUCGGGCCUCUUCUACCUGCUGCCAUUUCAGAAGGGAUACCUGGUCAACUGGGAAGUGGAGAAGCAGGUGUGGGACUACAUGUUCGGGAAGGACGUCUUCAACUGUCAAUUUGAGGAGACGUGCCUGAUCCUGACGGAGCCGUUCUUCAACUUCCCCUCCAUCAGGGAGAGCCUGGUGGAAGUGCUUUAUGAGGAAUACCAGUUCCAUUCACUCCUGCUCACUACAGCGGGUGCUCUGAGUGCCCUCAAGUACCGCAAGGAGCGUGUGCGGGAGAUAGCCUGCGUGGUGGUGGACAGUGGCUUCUCCUUCACCCACAUCGCACCCUUCCUGCGUGGCAAGCUGAUCAAGGCCGGUAUCCGCAGGAUAAACCUGGGAGGCAAGGCGCUGACCAACCACCUGAAGGACAUCGUCUCCUACCGGCAGCUGCACGUCAUGGACGAGACGUAUGUCAUGAACCAGGUCAAGGAGGACGCCUGCUUUGUCUCCACUUCCUUCAACGAGCACAUGAGGAUCGCCCAGAAGCACGGUGCAGAGAACACAGUGGCCCGAGACUACGUCCUACCCGACUACACAGUCAUUAAGCGGGGCUACAUCCGACCGCUCGAGGAGACCACCGGCAGGCCCAAGGACAACGAACAGCUCCUUCGGCUGAGCAACGAGCGGUUCACAGUUCCCGAGCUACUGUUCCAUCCGACAGACAUUGGUGUAGAUGAGAUGGGGAUUCCGGAAGCGAUAAAUUAUGUCGUUGAGACUCUGCCAAAAGAAAUGCGACCACACAUGCUGAAGAACGUCCUCCUGACUGGCGGGAAUGCCUGCUUCCCUGCCUUUGGGGAGCGAGUGUACACCGACCUGCGCUCCCUGUGUCCCGAGAUCUGUGAGGUGAAUGUCACAGCUCCAGAUAAUCCCAUCACAUACGCAUGGCAUGGCGGUGUCAUGGCCUUCCAGGAUCCUGACAUGAACAAGCUGAUUGUGACCAAGAAGCAGUACGAGGAGAAUGGCACUGCUUUUUGCUUGGAAAAGUUCGACUCGUGAUGUGCUUGUGUGUGAUUGACUUGGCGUAUUUCAAUUUCUACAGCUCCACAAUUAUGAAUGUCAGUGUGGUUGAUAUUAUGUGUAUGGUUGUGCGGAAUGAUGGAAGAGUGUGUUGAGUGCAUGGGACCAUAAUAAAAAAAACUAAUUUUUUUCA